AACUGCCACUGACUGAGCAGAGAACCAGGGGCCCGGCUGCUGCUCCCUGCCCCCCUCCGAGGGCAAAGCGGGGGGGGGGGGGCAAGAGUGACAGGCAGGAGAGGAAAGGGAGCCUCAGGUGCAGGAUCUUCACAAGCAGAUCAAGGCGGGGGCAGGGCGCUGCAGGUGCCUCCCGGAUCCAGGAAACUCCGGCUCCCAGCUUGAAGGUGGGCAGGGCUCGCCCUCCUUCCUGGUCCCUUCUAGGACUCGUCAGCUCAACCUGCCCGGCGCACGCACCUGCCCGGCACGGCUCGGAUGGCUGGGAGGAUGAAACGACCGGCGAGCCGAGCUUCGGAGAACGUGCACUUACGGGCCCCCGAGCAGGCUUGUGAGCUGUGCAAGGAGUAACAAAACCAUGAAUCCUCGUCUGUGGAGAUCCCAGUGUUACAGGAAUUUGUCUGGGGAGAAUAGCUGACCACCUACUCUGCCCCCCAGACUUGUGAUUGGCAUUAUGACUGCACGUUGGAUAUACAGCUCUAACAUAAAAGAUAAAAUGUUUGUGCAUAGCGCCGCUGGCCUGAGAAGUGACACGCAUGUGCAAGAGCUGUUCCACGAGGAAGCACAACAGGUAUCGCAAACACAGACCAAACCCUGGUGGAAGAUACAGCUAUUCGUCUGGGAGCCAGUGCUCUUUGGAACCUGGGAUGGCGUCUUUACUUCUUGCAUGAUCAACAUUUUUGGAGUGGUUCUUUUUCUGAGGACUGGAUGGCUAGUGGGAAACACUGGCAUUUUAAUGGGCAUGUUUCUGGUGUCCUUUGUUGUCGUGGUUGCCCUGGUAACUGUCUUAUCUGGAAUUGGGGUUUGUGAGCGGUGCAGUAUCGGAAGUGGAGGAGUCUAUUCCAUGAUUUCUACUGUCCUCGGUGGUCAAGUUGGAGGGACCAUUGGCUUCCUUUAUAUUUUUGGUCAGUGUGUUGCAGGUGCUAUGUACAUCACCGGGUUUGCAGAAUCCAUCUCCAACUUACUGGGUUUCAGCAGCACUUGGGCAGUUAGAGGCAUUUCACUGGCAGUCUUACUAGGUCUGCUUGGAAUUAACCUGGCUGGUGUUAAAUGGAUAAUCCGGCUCCAGCUGUUACUGCUCUUCCUGCUGGCUGUUUCUACGUUGGACUUUGUCAUUGGAUCGUUCACGCACCUAGAUCCAGAACAUGGCUUUGUUGGAUAUUCGAAAGAACUUAUGUUUAACAACACGCUACCAGACUACAGUACGGGGGAGUCUUUCUUCACCGUUUUUGGAGUAUUUUUCCCAGCUGCUACAGGUGUGAUGGCUGGGUUUAAUAUGAGUGGAGAUCUCCAGAAGCCUGUGGCCAGCAUCCCACUCGGGUCUCUGGCAGCUAUCGGCAUUUCGUGGUUUCUAUAUAUAGUCUUUGUUUUCUUGCUGGGAGCCAUUUGUACCCGGGAGUCGCUCCGCUAUGACUUUAUGAUAGCAGAAAAGGUGUCCUUGGUGGGUUUCUUGUUUUUAUUAGGAUUGUACAUUUCCUCCUUAGCUUCCUGCAUGGGAGGUUUGUAUGGAGCACCCCGAAUCCUUCAGUGCAUUGCCCAGGAAAAAGUGAUACCUACCCUGGCCUUUCUUGGACAUGGGAAAGGGCGUAACAAGACCCCAGUGGCUGCGAUUUGCUUAACGAGUCUCAUCACCAUGGCAUUCGUCUUCGUUGGCCAAGUGAACAUCCUUGCUCCUAUAGUCACCAUAAACUUCAUGCUGACGUACAUUGCUGUGGACUACUCCUAUUUCUCAGUCUCUAUGAGUUAUAUCCUACAGCAGAAACCCAAAAGGACACAGAGGGAGGCGUCUAGGGCUGUCAACUCUUCCCAGCCUUUAACCUUUGAGAAAACUUCCCGUUAUGGAUCAGAUGGAAUAAUUCAAAGCAGAUCAGAUGGCACCUUGCUGGAAUUCACAAAAGACAUGGACCAGCUUUUUAAGCCUCUUAAUAAAGAUCCAGAGACUUGUAAAGAGAACGAAGAGAGAGACAAGAAUUUAAACCAAAAGGUCAAACAGCGAAAGAUAAAGAAGCCAGCCAAGCAAACAUUACAAGACAGCUUUCUCUUGGAUCUCGAUCACAAUAUUGCCCCUGCUCCUUACUGUUGCACCAAAACAUCAGAGCCUGAUGAUAAAAGUCUGCAGAGUUUUACUGAACAGAGUCAUCAGAGUGAAAGAAAGCUGUGUUUAUCAUCAGCUGUGGACACUGAGCAAAAACGUGACCAUGAGCUAAUGGAAUAUGGAGAACAGCUUUUUAAUGAGCUGCAGAAUCCUCCCAAUCAGAAAGCGGAAGAUACAAAUGUAAAGCAACAAAAUCAAGAAGUAGAAAUUCAGAGAAUGCCAGUUUCCUUCUACUCCAGACUCUGCAAUCACUGGGUUUCCCUUGUUGGUGCAAUCGGAUCGCUUGUAAUCAUGUUUGUCAUUCAGUGGAUCUACACUCUCAUUAAUUUGAGUGUAGCAAUUAUUCUGUAUUUCUACAUUGGCCAAAUGAGUCCUGGACUACCCCCCGGGGCAGCAGCUAACUUCAGUUUUCUCAGCUGGAUUAAGUUAGGUUUGGUCAGCUCAUGCAGGACAAGGCCAUCCCCAGAGGAGCAGAUUGUUGUUACACCGUCCUUUGCAACAGUUGGCAUGGAGACCACUCAGCUCACCGAAGAGAAUGCAGAUUUUGCCUCUCGAGACCGCUACCACCAUUCCUCUGUUAUCAGAAGAGAAGAGUUUGUCAAUCAGUUUCAGUAAAAAAGAAAAAAAAGGAUCCGGUGGUUCACUCCAGCAGCCACUUAACACUAAUCACUGCUGUGGCACCUGCUAAAACUACUUGAACAAUGUGACUAUAUUUUGUAAUGCUUCCACUGUUUGGGGUUGUGUCUUUUUAUUUUAUUUUUUUACAAAGGACAAGUUUGCAAUUUUAACUAGGAUUCCAUAUCCUAGCCAGUUGAAAAAAACAAAUUAAAGGACUAAAGUGAUCAGUAACUGAGGACAAUAGCAUUAGAAAUCUAAAGAAUUCAAAUACUGUACACACUAAAUAUUACAAAAACUAGAAACACUUGAAGAAUGCAAUUUGAAACGUCCAUGGACUGAAUAUGGAGGCAGUGUGAUCUUUUGGUUAGAGCAGCAAGCUGAGACCUAAGACUCCUGGGUUCUGUUCUCAGUCCUGCCACUGAUUCGGUGCAAACUUAGUCUAGUCACUUUACCUCUUUAUGUCCCAGUUUUCCUGUCUGUAAAAUAAUAUUUUUCUACCUCACAGGGAUGAUGUGUGUUUUAAUUAAUUGGUGCUCAUAAAGUGCUUUAAGGCAUUUAGAGGAUAGGCCAAAAUGGUGAAGGCAAGAGAAUUAUGAAGUGUGUUCAAAAUUGGAAUCAAAUCCAUUCGCUUAAAUUUAUGAACUCUUCUGUAUCGUCAUACUGUGAAAUUAUGUUUUAUCAGCACUAAAGAGCUGUUUUCAGCAUCACCACAGAAAUGAGGAUUGGGAGAAGCUGAAUCUUGAAACAUAGGUGAUAAUCUGGGACCCUCUUCCUGAAGGUAUACAGUGUUUCCAAAUAUGACAUGUCCCAGUUAAAAUAAUAAUUUAUAUGAAUGAUUAAAAAGUACCUUUUAGGAUAUACGUGGACACAUCCUUACUUCAGUCAGAAGAAGAAAUGUAUCAGUUCUGCUUAGUCCUUCAGGUAGGAAGCAAUGCAGGCAAAGCUCCUGCAGAGGUCUGAAAUGAAGGAGCAGGCCUCAGGAGUAUGUAGUAAAAUAGUAGUGAGCACUGCAAAAUAAGUCUGGGCAUUUAAAAUGUAUAAAAAAAGGGAGUGACCAUUAAUUUCCGUUAAUCUUUGAAUCUUUCAAUUUUUUAUUUCUUGUUCAGUGAGAUAAUAACCAGUUCUCUGCAUCUGCUACAGAAAAAGCUCUGUGAAUUCCUGCUAGCUUUGGGACCAAUGCUACUAGAAGGGGCUGAAGGCCCUUGACUCCCACUGAACUCGAUGGGAGCUGAAGGCAUUCAGCAGCACCUCCCAGGGUCAGCCCAUUUGAGCGCUGUUUCUACCAUGUGAUAUUUUCCUCCAGGUGGAAGGAAACCAGCUUUUCCAAUGAAAUCAUGAAUAAAGUUAUUCUGGGAUGCUACUGAAAGUUUGCUCCACGUUUUAAUUUUCUGCUUUGGUCACAAUUCAGCAUUACUUAAAUGAUCGCCCUUGUGAAAAUUAAUGGGACGCUGUCAAAUUAACUCAGCCUGAAGGUUGACCCACCCCAAGCUGUUUCAUGUUAGAAACAUUCAUUUCAGGAUUCCUUAGUUACGUUCCUUUUAAAAAAACAAACAAACAAAAAAAACCCAGAUAGAAAUACAUAGAGAUGGUCCUGAGCUGUGUUCUAAUCUAAAUUUGAUCUUCCCCAAAUAUCAAGAAGAGUUGGAUUUGAUGUUCUGGUUUUGCUCUGUACUCUAGAUAAAAAAGUUUGGAUGUUGAUCCAUACUUCCCUUGAAUUCAGUGAGAUUCUGAGUCCGUGCACAUCCACCUCUUAAACUAAAGCCUAAUGUUUUUCCUAAUGUAGGACCAAAUCCUAUACCCACAGAUCUCAAUGUGAGUCUUGCCAUUGACUUAAAUGGGUGCAGGGUUGGAUCUGUAAAUGGACUUGUGGUGGUACAUGAUGCUCAGAGAUCACGAGCUUGUAUAGGUGUAUCUGUGAAGACACUUCAGGUGCUUUUUUCCUGAUACCUUGCCUGUGAAAAGAUCAGUUCAAAGCAGAAACCUACUAGCAGAAUCCUGCAGUAAGGGGCAAUUUUGAUUAAAUGUUAAGGUCAAAUUAACCAUAGUAUGACCUUGUAAACUGUAUUUAAUGUAGUUCUGCAAUCUGCAGCCUUUUCUUCGUGCUGAUUUGGGUCCUCAAACAACCUGGAGCAUGCUGUAUUUGUUCCUUUUACAGUAUGAUACAUAGCCAUAGUUAUAUAAUAAGGGACACAGACUGCAAAAUUUCAUAGCACUUAAGACUUAGCAGCAUCUAAAUAUGCUGCUGCUCAUCCCAUCUCAGGAUGCUCAUUCAGCCCCCCAUUUUUCUGAAAUAAGGUGUUUAAAUAAGAGAAAAGCAGAUAGCACAGCUCGGUAUGAGAGAUGGUUAGAAAGUCUUUGUUUUACAUUUUCUUUCUUAGGUCCUAAACAGUUUAAUGCCCUCUUUGGUAUCAGAGACAGCAAACAGAAGCAAAAUAUCUAAGGGGAAAAACGUCCCUUUACUACCCAUAUCUUGUUUGGGAAAUGUGUUAGUUAAAACCAGAUGACUGGUUUUGGUGUGGAAUGUUUAAAUAUCAGCCACCACAGUUUGUUCAGUUAUCCGUCAGACGUAACAAUGUGAAUGGCCGGAAAUACAAACAAUAGUUUCAAGCUUUGUGCAAUGAGGUUUUGAUUGUGCACCAUUCAUAUUGUUUUAUCAAUGUCAGUCUGUCAGAAAAACCAGAACAAACACCGAAACAUGCUUUACCGCUCUCAAACGCUCUCAUUCCAUCUUAAUGUUCUCUGACACAACUUUGUGCCGCUUGCUCUGUAACAAUACUGUCAGUUAUACUGGGCUUUAAUGUGGGAAAUUCAGUCCUGUGCAGAGGCCUACCACAAGGCCGUAAGUGCCACUUAAGGACUAUUGUGGGGGCUCUGAAAGUGGACUUCAGCACUGCACAGGGUUUUGUUAGCCUUCUGCACAACAGUGAAUUUCACCCUAAUAUGAUUAGACAAAUGCAUCAGGAUUGGCAUGUCCAUAGUUUUGCUCUGGCAGUAAUAUGGUGUUGCUAUUGCAACGUUACUUCCCUCAAGAAGGAUGGCACUUGUUGCAGCAUUAGAUGGAGUAUGAACUGAAAUACAUGAUUUCUUGUACUUGUGCGCCAGUGAAAUAAUCCAUCUCUCUUACAAAUGGGCACAAUAAUAGGCUGUCACAGCAACAUGAGUGUAAGACGUCACACGCACACCCUGGGCGUGCACUGAACACGGGAGAUCACAUUACAGAGACUGUCUAUUUUAACCAUGUAUCGUCUGGUUAAAGGGAUCGGCUGCUCCCGCUCUUGGAAGGUUUAAAUAUUAUACUUUAAUAAUUGCCUCCAUGACUGAAGAAGAGCUUUUUAUCAUUGCUGAAUAGAGUUCAAAAUAGCUCUGAUUGUGCAGAGAGAGUUACCUGAGUGAGUACAGAGGGGGCUGAAAGAUGGUAGCUCUCCAUGGCAUUGUCUCCUUGGUCCAGAUCCACGACGGGACUUGGGCAUAUAAACCCCAGACUUAAGCACUUCAGUCCCAGUUACCCCAUUGAAAACCAGUCUGAGCAGAAUGAAAAGGAGGAC